AUGGCGUUAUGUUCCAAGCAGAAGCAGAAACUGCGAUCGCAACGCUUGGAGCAGUUGUGCAGGUAACACAGGCGAUGGGAAUUAAAAGUGUUGGACUCUGCGUCGUAGUUGGGAUCAUAACUUGUUACGUUAUCCGGCGAUGGCGAGUAAGGACGUGGGGAAGAUGUCGAAGCAAGAAAUCCAUGAUAGGAAAGACUGUCAUCAUCACAGGCGCCAAUAGCGGCUUGGGAAAAGCAACUGCAGCGGAGCUUGCCCUGCGUGGAGCCAAAGUCAUUCUAGCGUGUCGGGACAUCAGCGGUGGCUUGGCCGCUGCCACAGAAAUUCGAUAUAAGACAUCAGCCGACACUGUUGUUGUACGAUACCUGGACUUGUCCUCUUUCGCGUCCAUUCGUUCCUUCGUCAACAACAUUCUUAAGACUGAGAUGCACAUUGAUGCGCUGGUGAAUAAUGCCGGCGUUUUCCAGUGCCCGUACGCAACUACUAAAGAAGGUUACGAACUUCAAAUCGGUGUAAAUCAUCUGGGCCAUUUCCUGUUGACAAAUCUGCUUCUUCAACGGCUCAAAAAUUCCCAACCGAGCCGCGUCGUUGUGGUCACGUCUCACCUCUACAGGAAGGGGAACAUCAAAGCACCCGACCUUGUCAUGAAAGAACAUGAGUACAACAAGAAGAAGGCAUACGUGAACAGCAAGCUGGCGAACGUUCUAUUUGCCAGGGAACUUAGCCGUCGCCUCAAAGGAAGCGGGGUUCGUGUCUACGCAGUGAGCCCCGGGAUGGUUUACACGAAUUUAGGCAGGCAUCGUAAGCUGCCAUGGUACCUGGUGGUGCUUUUGCUGCCUUUCGCUUUGUUUGCAGUGCGUACUCCUGAUCAGGGAUGCCAAUCAAUUGUAGACUGCGUAGUGAACGAGGAAUAUGAACAACAUACUGGAAAAUAUUACAGAAACUGCAAGCCAGAAAAAUGGGAACCGAUCGCGUUGGAUGACGACCUUGCUCUCAAAGUGUGGACAGCGAGCGAAUCGCUGACCGGCGUGCUGUCCGCCGAAACUCUUGGAUAGUGUAAUAUAAAACGUAUUUUUCAGGGCCAAAUACAUGGGAUGUCGACUGGAUAGUGUUGCUAAGGUGGUGUUCUAUAUCUAGUGAAUAAAAUAUGAUUGAAAAUGG